UGCUGCAGUUGCCUCGUGGGCACGGCCGCGAUACAGCGGGUCCAGCCGCAGCGCAGACGCCGAUCCUACAGCACUCAGAGUGGGACUCCCUUCCUCACAAUGUCUGAAGAGGAGGAUUAUAUUAUUAUAACCGUUGAGGAUGACAGUGAAGGCGAUGAUGACAUUGGUGUUGUGAUAAUAGAAGACUCUGAAACAGAACUUACAGAGAACACACUUCCCACUGAUGGCAUGUUGACUAUAGAACCAAAUUUUCAAGCCAGCCAUGAUAACUAUCAGCAACUAUCCCAAAUGAGAUAUGGAGUAGGUGGUUUACCAGCCCUAUGUGACCAAGCAGUUCCACAAAUGAACCAUCUAGCAAAUUUAAAAAGAUACAGCUCGAACUCAGUGGAAAUGGAGCUUCUCUCCCCACAGCUCAAAAGAGGAUGCUCAUCUUUUUUAAGGGCAAGCAAUGCAUUUGAAGGUUUCCAUGAUGAAAGUCAUCAAAACCGACUUACAGAACUACACCACCAUUGCAAGGACUUGCAUGAACUUAUUGAAAGCACCAAUAGGCAGGUAAACAACCUUUGUGGAAUCAUUUCAAAAAUGCAACAGCCGUGGGAGAAACCACUGUUGCCAAACUGUGGAGACGACCGCCCACCUGGACCAGGGGGAAGGAAGGAGGACCAUGUCCUGCCCAACCCUGCGGAGAUCUCUCUUCAGCCAGCCGUGCUGCCAGAGCUGGUCGUCAGGGAGAGUCCUCCCCUUCCCAAAAUUGUCUCCACGUAUUCAUUGCAGCCCAGCGUCAUACCAGGCAGCCCAGCUCCUGGGCUUGCUGUCCUGUCCUAUGUUUUCAGUGAAGGAGAUGAAGAGGUCACCGGGGAUCUCUCCUCUGCCCAGCGUCCGGCUCUGCCUGCAGCACUCCUGCCCCCGGCAGAACCCCUCGUGGCACUCUCCCCCGAGGUGGCCAGCUGCUCAACUGGACAGGGACCUAUCCACGUGGGCCCUGACCCGGCUCCGUUGGCUUUCUGCAUCCCCUCCAAUUUCGAAAUGCCAGGAGAAGCAGAAGCCAGCCUUGGAAACAGUAUGGAGUCAGUAUAUUACCCAAGUUCCCAGGGAGAUGGCAGUGGCCAAGAUACUGUCUCAUCUGUUUUCAUCCUUCCUAAUUUUGUAAUAACAGAGACCAGCUUGGAAAACAACCCUGAGAUGACAAAUUACCAAACUUUACCAGGAAAUAACAGUGACCAAUGUUCAUCUGUCUGCCUCCCACACAAUUUUGCGGCUGAAAAAUUCAUACUCAUAGAAGUGCCGGAAAAAUCAGAAACCAGCCAGGAAAACAGCUCUAAGACAAUCUAUUACCCAGCUUUGCUGGGAAGUGUCAAUGGCCCAGGGACUGACUCUUCAUCGGCCUCACUCCCGCCCAAUUUCGUUGAAAAAGUUGUACUUGUAGAAACGCCGGAAAAUGCGGAAACCAGCCUGGAAAACAGCUGUCAGACAGUGUAUUACCAAACUUCGUCGGGAAAUGACAGUGACCCAGCUCCUGCCUCUUCAUCUUUCUCCAUCCCGCCCGAUUUCGGAAUGUUUGUAAAGGCUCAAACCAGCCCAGAAGAGAACCCUGAGACCAUAAGUUAUCCAGUUUUAUUGGAAGACAGCAUUGGUCAAGACAUUUCCUCGUUACGUUGCCUUCCUCCUAGUUUCGAAGUUUUGGUCAAAGCAGAAACCAGCCUGGAGAAUAGCACCCAGAUGACAGAUUAUCAAACUUUGGUGGAAAAUGAUGGUGGUCAAGAAAAUUCAGCAUAUUACUUCAUUCCUUCCAAUGUGGAAUCUGGCAAAGAAAUGAAUUCUGAGACAACAAGUUCCCCAAUUUUAAUGAAAAAUGACAACGAACAAGAUACUGGCUCAGAAUCUUUCUUUCUUGCUCCUGGUUUUGCGCUUUUACCUGUAGAAAUACUGUUAAAAGCAGAAAACAACGUGGGAAACGUCCCUGAGAUAAUGAAUUACCCAGUUGCAUUGGAAAAGAACAAUAGCCAAGAUUCUAUCUCGCCAUCUCUCUGCGGCCCUUCUGGUUUUGGGUAUCUUGGUGAUCCAAAAAGGAAUGUCAGGUUGCUUAAUAUUAAUUUGCUGACUGCACAAAAGAAGAGCCAUCCGAGGCAUGCAGCCCGCUACUUGGUUCAUGUUUUGUUCUCCAAGGAAAUUCUGGUGCGCAGCUGGGUAGGCAUCAACUCCCAAGGCCGCCAACCUCUAGAUCCAAACAAAGUGGCUGCAAUAAGAGAACAUCUGGCAACAAAUUUUCCCAACCAUGAUUUGCGUGAAUGUGGAAAAGACUGGAAAACUUGUGUUGCUGAUAUCAAUUCUCUGAUCUAUUGUUUAUGUGCCGAAUCCCUCACAGCACCACAGAAAACUGGUGACAGCAAUAAAGGCCCCCCCAGUCUCGACAUCCCAGCGCCUACAGAUUUGAACGAUAAAGGGGGGACUGAUGGCCAUGAAAGCAGUUCCCAGCUUUGUGAGCGAACCAUUGCCUUCAGAACAGGAGAAAAUGGGAAUUCUUGGUGGAACAGCAGUGUUUACCCUCAAGGAGUUCAAGAACGUCCCACUGAGAAUUCAGUGAUAUGUUAUGAAGCACUGGAAUAUCUUGGAAAUCCAGGUAGAAAUAUACAGUUGCCACAUUCGGUACUGACUAUAGCCAAAGGGAAGUCUCGCCCAGAACUGGCAGCCAGAUACCUCAUUCGCAACCUGUUCACAGAAGAAGUCUUGAUAAAAAGUAAUGUCUAUGGAAAUCUGGGGUAUGGCAUGUAUGCCCUUAACCCCAACAGGAUUCACGCUCUUCGAGAAUUUCUUCAAGACAUCUACCCGACUUGCAGUCUCUCGGAAACCGGAUAUGACUGGAAGUUGUGUGUGACAGCUAUCAAUAGCUCCAUCCGUAGUCUUCGCUAUGACCUCAAGAAGUCCACAUCCAAAGUGUAGUGGCUUCCGCAACAACUCCUCCAGCAGAGUCAGAGCCAAGAGAUACUGACUCAACUACUUGAAUGCCAGCCACCCUACAUUCUUUUUUUUUUUUUUUUUUAACACUGUUGUAUCAUCCUGUAAGUUUCUCAAGUUGUCAUUCCAAAAUUAGCUUGUUGUAGCGGGAGUGUGGUUCUGCAUUCACAACUGAAGAAAUAUCUGAUGUUCUUUCUCUGCCCACAUAGCAGACAGAAUUGCAUUUGGAAGAUGUAUAAUGUUUCAUCUUGUGAACGAAGUGAUGGGCAGUACUCCGAUAAGAACCUCUGAUUAAGGGAAUGGUAGUAUACUCCUAAAGGUCAUUUUCAUUGCUGUUUCAAGGUAGAAUGAGAAUAGCAUGUUUAGCUCUUAGCGAUAGGUGUGAUCUGAGCAUCAGGGACACAUGCAUAGGUAGUGAGGUAGACAUAGUUGGUUGGAUAGGCAAACCAUGACGCCGGGAGUGGCGUAUUUGUCACGUGGACCAUCACUGCAGAUCUGAGGUCUCAGCUCCACUGAUUGAGAAGGGAGGCACGGUUUACACAUAACCAAAACACGCAUGUUGGCUUUCUUGUAUAUCCACGAGCAGGGCAUUCGUAGGAUUGACAUACUUUUGUUUGACCCAAACUUUCCAGGCAUGAGACCUAUGGUUUUUUGAUUUGCUUCUGGUAAGAACAGCAUCCUUUUAUUUAUCUCCUGAUAAUAUUUUAUCACAACAGUUUUCUAAGAGUCAUCACAGAAAAUCAUGUCAGGAGGCUUUUUAUUUCUGUUGAAGUAGUUCAAAUUUAAGAAUAUAUCACUAUGAAUAAAAAGAAUCUGACCAGGUUCAGACACUGAUGUUUUUGGUGUUAUGGUUUCUGAAAUGUCUGGGUAAAGGUUUAAUAUAUUUACUUUGUUUUUCUGAUUGAUUCUACUAGUUGAAGUGCAUACAAAUUUGAAUCUUACAUAUUUAAAUGAAAAUAUUGAUCAGAAAUUCAAUUAGAAAAAAGUGAUCUUGAAGGAUAUUAGCAGGAAUAUUGGCAAAUGAAAAAAAAUCCAUUUUGCUUAUGAGUAGAAUUUUAUGUUUAGCUUAAGCACUUUAAAGUUCUUGAAUGUUUUAGCCAUAGAAAAUACUGUAUAAUUUCAUUGUUUUGUGUUUAAGAAACAUUUUGUCAGAGAAAAGAGAAAUGUUUGUUAGUUAUAAUGUCAUCUCAACUUUUAGUAUGGAACAACUCUCAGUCACAUUCGCUUUUAUUGCAUUCUUAGGUAUUGUUCAAAAAAACAGCUUUUUUCCUUGUGAGAGUUCAGUCUUUAGUUAUGCACAUUUGCUUAUGACCCAUGGAUUUUCUUGUUUAGUGGACAUUAAUUAACGUUGUCUUUUGAUAAGGCAAAGAAGAAAUUCAAUAAAAAGUAAUAAGUUGGUCCAGGUAAUUUGUGUGAAAGUUGACAAAUAUUGUUAUUUUUGUGACUCAUAAAGUAGUUUAGGAUGGCCUUAUAUGGUCCAUUUGUAGAAUAGAUACAAUUUUUCAAAUGAUAUAUUUUUUGAAAAUUAAAUUCAGUUUUUAGAGUAUGUUAGUGAAAUAUAGUAUAACUAAUUUUAGGAAGAUUAAAAUGUAAGGUAUG